GCUUCACAUAGGUUAGAUUCUUGACGAUAGUAAGGUUCCAGCUCAGACGCAGUUGAGAUGGACUCGUCUAUGUACCUGUAUGAUGUCCCCCCAGUUUUGAUGGAGAAGUUUUGUAAGAUAAUCGACAGCGGUGAUGACAGCCUCGGAUGGCGCGGGCUCGCUGCUCGUAUCGUGCCAAGUUGGACGGAGGUGCGACGCACCGAGAGGCUGGAGGCAAUAGGCAAGAGCCCCACGCGAGAACUCAUCUGGUCGUGGGCGCAACAGAACAAAACGGUCGGGGACCUUGUGAAGGUGUUGGAGGAUAUGGGUCACUACAGAGCUCUACAGCUCUUUAUUCCUCAAGUUACACCAUUCCUUCCCAACAGUGGUCCAUCAAAUUCAUGUCCUGAUGUAUCUAUUAAUCAAACCCCUCCUCAGUCACCCACGCCACCCCCACCUGCCAAUACCCGACCUGGUUGGAACCAGUCUAAUGAUCAUGUGUCAAGUGAAGGUAGAAACCACAGGCUUGUGAUCACCUACUCAGACGUCAUAGAGGGAACUAGACAUUUUCACCAGGACAUGAAGAUCUCUGAGGGCAGCUUCUCUGCUGUUUACAGAGCGGUAAAGGGAAAUGAAACCUUCGCUGUCAAGCUCUUCAAGCAGGUGCAGAAAGCCUCAUGGAGGAAGUUGUGGGAUCUAUUCAGGAGAGAGAUGGAAGUUCAUCAUCUCUACCAGCAUCCUAACAUCUUAGAGCUGUUGGGUUGUUACUCUGAUGGGGAUCGUUACUGGCUGGUAUACCCUUACCUUCCCAAUGGAUCACUGUUCCACAGACUGCAUGACCAGACCGUAGUGCCUCCUCUCUCAUGGCAGGAGCGUCUGGACAUCAUCAAGGGGACGGCGAAGGCUGUACAUCACCUACACAGGGCCCAGCCCUGCACUGUGGUCUGUGGUAACAUCACAAGUUCUAACAUACUGCUGGACGAGCGGCUGCAGCCCAAGCUGUCUGAUUUUGGGACGGCCCGUCUCAGACCCCACUCCGUCAGUCAGAGCUGCACCGUUACCUUGGAUACGACCUUCGGAACCCUGGGCUACCUGCCGGAGGAAUACAUACGAGACGGAAAGCUGUCCGUCAGUCUGGACGUGUUCAGCUUGGGAGUGGUUAUAAUGGAAAUGUUAACGGGACGGAAAGUUAGAGAGGAGACUCCUAAACACACCCUGCUGAGAAACGUCCUACGUGGAGAGGUGGAGGACACUGGCAGUGUGGACUCCUGUCUCCAGUAUCUGGACCCGAGAGCUGGUCUUUGUCCCCACUCUAUGUCCUUCACCUUGUUGCGUCUCGCCCUGGACUGCACCUCUACACGACCACGCAACAGACCCACCAUGGAGAAUGUGUUACAGGUAUUGAGCCAGCUGCUUCCCCUGCCGUGCCCACCUGAAGACCAGCCCCACACGCUGACCGACGAAGCCCCAGCUCCCCCUGCCUCUCCUGCCCAGAUGGGACAGGGCCCCAGCUCCAACCCCAGCCCCAGUGUGCCUGUGGAGGAUGAUGAGCUGCACAGUUACCCCGUUGAGAACCCACAGCCAGCUCCAGCCCAGGGAGGACCCUGUGAGUGUAGCCAGUCAGAGGUCACCUAUCUGGGCAGUGGAGAGCGGAGCAGCCACCUGUCACGGGAGGGGGCAGGGGAAAGAGCAGGGCUCGGGGCUGUUGAGGCUGACCAGAGCCUACAGACCAAUGGAGAGCCAGUGGAUCUGUACGGUAGCUGGCCAGUCCAAUGUAGCUGUUCAGCUGAGGUGAAUGGACUGGGCUGUGAGGACUGUAGAGCCAAUGGGUUUACUCCCUGCCCUUCAGACCUCCCUCAAGGUGACCUCAGCUUCUCUUCCCUCAGUAUAGUGGACAACCCUGCCAAGCAGAGAAUGAUGAAUAAGAUUGAUCAGUACAACAGAGGCCUCCUUAGAACAGAGGAACUCCUCUCUGUCUCCAUGACCACCCAGGAGUGACAAAGCUACAGAGGAACUCCUCUCUGUCUCCAUGACCACCCAGGAGUGACAAAGCUACAGAGGAACUCCUCUCUGUCUCCAUGACCACCCAGGAGUGACAAAGCUACAGAGGAACUCCUCUUUGUCUCCAUGACCACCCAGGAGUGACAAAGCUACAGAGGAACAACUCUCUGUUUCCAUGACCACCCAGGAGUGACAAAGCUACAGAGGAACAACUCUCUGUUUCCAUGACCACCCAGGAGUGACAAAGCUACAGAGGAACAACUCUCUGUCUCCAUGACCACCCAGGAGUGACAAAGCUACAGAGGAACAACUCUCUGUUUCCAUGACCACCCAGGAGUGACAAAGCUACAGAGGAACAACUCUCUGUUUCCAUGACCACCCAGGAGUGACAAAGCUACAGAGGAACUCCUCUCUGUCUCCAUGACCACCCAGGAGUGACAAAGCUACAGAGGAACAACUCUCUGUUUCCAUGACCACCCAGGAGUGAGAAAGCUGAUCUAGGAUCUGCUUGCCCUCCCCAAAUCCUAAUCUUAAACAUUAGAGGUUAAAAACACAAAACAGACCCCAGACCAGCAUCUAGGACAAUUUCACUACUCUAAAUGACACACGCAUUACAGUACAUGGCUUGCUGGGAGAGAGGGUUAACUUAUCCAUAUAUCUGACUUAGUCAUUGCUGGCCCUGGUUAAAUGAGCUGGCCCUGGUUAAAUGACCUGGCCCUGGUUAAAUGAGCUGGCUCUGGUUAAAUGACCUGGUCCUGGUUAAAUGACCUGGUCCUGGUUAAAUGACCUGGUCCUGGUUAAAUGACCUGGCCCUGGUUAAAUGACCUGGCUCUGGUUAAAUGACCUGGCUCUGGUUAAAUGACCUGGCUCUGGUUAAAUGAGCUGGCCCUGGUUAAAUGA